AGCGAAUAAGCGCUUGUCGAAUGCGCGGUGUGGUCCUCCUCCGCACCAAACCCUAACUCGAUCCGAUUCACUCACUCACGCUCUUGUUGCUCCGUAGCAUCGCUACUGCCAUCGCAAUCCAGCUCUGCGCACCAUGGCGGACAUUGCCGACGAUCUACUCAAGGAGAAGAACCCGGCCCCGCUCGACGAGGACGACAUCGCCCUUCUCAAAACCUAUGGCUUGGGUCCAUAUGCAAAUCCUAUUAAGAAGACCGAAAAAGACAUCAAAGAGAUGGCUAAGAAGGUCAACGACUUGUGUGGAAUCAAAGAGUCAGACACUGGAUUGGCAGUGCCCAGUCAGUGGGAUUUGGUAUCGGACAAACAAAUGAUGCAAGAGGAACAACCACUGCAGGUUGCUAGGUGUACAAAAAUUAUCAAUGCCAAUACGGAUGACUCCAAGUACGUCAUCAAUGUGAAGCAGAUUGCUAAGUUUGUCGUUGGAUUGGGCGAGAAGGUGUCUCCAACAGACAUAGAGGAGGGCAUGCGUGUUGGGGUAGAUAGAAACAAGUAUCAAAUCCAGAUUCCAUUGCCUCCUAAGAUUGACCCCAGCGUUACAAUGAUGACAGUGGAGGAAAAGCCAGAUGUCACCUACAAUGAUAUUGGUGGCUGUAAAGAGCAAAUAGAAAAGAUGCGUGAGGUGGUGGAGUUGCCAAUGUUGCAUCCUGAGAAGUUCGUGAAAUUGGGAAUUGAUCCGCCCAAAGGAGUCCUUUGCUAUGGCCCUCCCGGAACUGGCAAGACUUUGUUAGCCAGAGCCGUUGCCAAUAGGACAGAUGCUUGCUUCAUUCGUGUUAUUGGCAGUGAGCUUGUUCAGAAAUAUGUAGGAGAGGGUGCUCGGAUGGUCCGUGAGCUUUUCCAGAUGGCCCGUUCAAAGAAAGCGUGCAUUGUGUUUUUUGAUGAGGUAGAUGCCAUUGGAGGUGCUCGUUUCGACGAUGGGUUGGGAGGUGAUAACGAGGUUCAAAGAACAAUGCUCGAAAUAGUCAACCAACUGGAUGGUUUUGAUGCCCGUGGUAAUAUUAAAGUAUUGAUGGCAACUAACAGACCUGAUACUCUGGAUCCAGCGCUUUUACGGCCAGGUCGGUUAGAUCGUAAGGUGGAGUUCGGGUUGCCUGAUCUUGAAAGUCGAACCCAAAUUUUCAAGAUUCAUACUCGGACCAUGAACACAGAACGAGACAUUCGUUUCGAGCUUCUGGCUCGCCUUUGCCCUAAUUCAACAGGUGCGGAUAUUCGGAGUGUGUGUACGGAGGCAGGUAUGUAUGCCAUUCGUGCACGCAGGAAGACUGUGACAGAGAAAGACUUCUUGGAAGCUGUCAAUAAGGUCAUCAAAGGAUACCAGAAGUUUAGUGCAACACCUAAAUACAUGGUGUACAAUUAGUCAACUUUCAUUGCUCGAAACAUCCGGAAGUUUCUGAGAUAUCUUGUUUCAUUGGUGGCUAGACAUUGUAACCUGAUAUUGUAAAGACGUCUAAGAGAUAUCCUCUUAGCAUUCGAAUACCAUGUUGGUAUAGUACAACUCA